GUGUAGCAACGGGCGCCUAUGCGAUCUCCUCCAGUGCCACCACCAGCUCUGCGUUCACGCGAGUCUGCCCUCACGCCCUCAAAUCUACCAGCGAUAACUGCAACCUCAUCCAAAGAUGAACACACAUCCUACUGUAACGAUAGAGCUGGUCCUUGACCGGCACACGACGCAGGAGGUCCUACGCGCGGUGCUGCACUCCAUUCUCUUCCACCGCCUCUUCGGCACGGUAAAGCCACAGACGUUCGAAGUGCUCGAUGUCACGAUGCCAGGCGUGGACGAUCCCGAGAUGAAACAGCUCGUGGACGAUAAAGUCGAGGCGUUCUGGAAGAGCAUUGAAGGCGGCUACAACAAGCGCGGUCAGAUCAUUGUGACGUUCUCGGAGAAGCGCCCCAGGAAGACAUGGUUCAUCAUGGGAGAGGAAGAAAUACCCUGGGAACAAUGGAUCAUAAAUGCGGAGAUCCGGCAGCCCACACCUGAGAAAGACCAGCGCAAGUUCCAGGCAGACCUCGCCGCGACACUAACCAAGAGUCUGAAGACGAUGCUCACGCACGCGUCUUCUGAACGUGGUCGGUCUGCGGUCCCUCUCAUAACGAACGCCAACGGCAUAUCGCCGUUCCCGAUUAAGAUCACUGUAAAGGUCGGUAGCGUGGAAGUAGGUUAACCUAAUGGCCCGCAGAGUUCGGUCGUUGGGGCCUAUGAGAGUUUAUCCUGUGACGGGCUGUGGACCCGCCUGGCCUCCUUCACAGACUACUUCCUACUUCGCCUUACAUGUAGCGCAACCUUAACGGCAGAAUGUAAACAUAGCCUCCCGUAAAACUGCUAGCCAUACUGCGUGUCAUCUUUGACUGCCCGCAACCAAUGCACACAGGCCGUGGGUGGCGUUUGGACUGAACCAGAUACUCUCCAGAUUCAUGCAGGCACGGUGACUGGAUCUUG